AUGUGCAGCAUAGCCACCAAAUGGGAUGCACCUAGUCGAUUUCAAGUGAUAGCCUGUGCCAUCAUGGUUGUCGACAGUCCAGGCGCAUUGAUUCACGGAUUUCGCCUUGGAUCUGUCGUGGAGGUUGAUGGUGCAUCUUUCAACGACAGGUUGGGCCAAGUAGUGGCUUUCUCCGAGAAGGAUGGGGUCUUCAACGUGGCCCUGCUCAAUGGCUCCACUCGCCAGGCACGGCCGGAUCAGAUGAGGCAGAGCGAAGGCCGAAGACCUGGACACGGCUCUGCAGGCUUCGAUGUGCUGCUGGGCCCGAGGCAUCGACAGGACUUCUUGGCAGAAGAGGUUGCUACGUGCCUGGUAGAGAAGGGUUUUUGCGUCUUAAAGAUGUGCCAACCGCAGCAGGAAGUGGAGCAGGCAUUUGAGUACGUGAAGAGCUUGGCCCAGUCUGGGAAGCUCGAUCGGCUUCCGGAAGAGGUGGAGGAGGGCUACCUCGGUGAAGGUGCCAGGGCGCGUGUUGCCUGGAUGGACCCAAGCGAUCGGAACUCGUUGCAGCUUCUGGCGGUUCUGGCGGUAGAGAGACUGCGCAUACUGGAGCAUCGGGCGAGCAAGCUGAUGCUCGGCCGCCUACCACAUGCUGAACAUUUCAGUGAGACAAUGGCAAUGGAGCUGGCUUCAGUGCAAACGCUCGUGCAAGCAUGUGACGGAGAUGAUGAGGACGGCUUCAUAGAGGAAAUCCGCACGGCGCUCUCCGGCGGGUUCCAGAGUGCACGCGUUGUUUUAGAAAGUGCAAAGGCCAAAUCUGCAGGUGCGUUUGGUGAGUUUGCCUUGCGAUGUCUGGUGAAGCUGGUCUCGGCUCCAGUUGCUGAGCCCUGGCGGCCGCAAGCUGCUGCACUCUUUGCAGAUCUGGGUCGAGGAACAGUUGACGUCCCUUCCGCCGGCGUGCAGGCGUUGCUGGUGAAGCUUGCGACUGCUCCAUCCGGAGGCGAGCUCAGCUCUUCGAUGGGUGGCUUGAAGCUUCUGACGCGGGUGAUGAACGCUUGGGCAAUCCGAGCAGAGCAGCUGAGCGAGGAGGCGCAUGCAGCCAUCGCGCAGGCUGUGGUGAGGGAUUCCGUGCUGCCAGGCGCAUGGGCCUUGGCAGCCGUCACCCUCGGCUCGUUCCCGGACUUGCUGACCAGCGAGAUGUCCAACGCUGUCAUCAAAGAGGCCGAUGAUGGGAGCCGUGAUGAUGCGGUUCUUCAAAUGGCAAAGAGCCUCGGUGUCGAAUGUCAGCGCUUCCUGGUUCAACUUCGACAGGAGCGUGGCCGCGUGAAAGCAGCGGCGAAGGUCUUACAGCUUCAGGACCAAUUUCCCGACGCGGGGUAUCUCUGGCGGCAAGAGGCUCUCGAGGCUGCCAUCGAGAAAGGGCGACGAGAAGCGGUGGUUGGACUGGGAUGCGAGGAGGUGCGGCUGCGCGGCAGAUGUGUGGACGGCCUUCUGCAGUGUGGCGAGGUGGAGCUGGCAGUUGACUUGGCGGAUGCCUGGGCUGUUGGCAUUCCUGAAGAUGUGCGGAAAGCCAACGCAGAGAGGGCGAAAGCAGAGGUGCCCUACCUCCGCCUUCCCCCAGAUGUCGACGUUCAACUGGUCGCUACGGAGGCCAGCAUCGAGGGCAUGCGAGGCAUCCUCCUGGAUGCAAGCGUCAUCGGUGUAGACCUGGAGUGCAACAUGGGUACGGGCGCGCCCACCCUCCUUCAGCUUGCCACUCUCCGUCAAGCCUUCCUGGUUGAUCUCCAGGUUGUGGGGAGUUGGCCGAGUUUCGCGACGACAAUGCAGGACGUUUGCUCCGGCCCCGCGAGAAAAGUCGGCUUCGGAAUUGCAGAAGACUUAGGCAAACUCUCCAAGAGCUUCCCGUCCCUUACGGCUGCAGCUUGUGCAGCCCCGCUGAGUGACUUGAGGGAUGUCGAGGCGCAACUCAGAUCCCUUGAGUCCGGCAUCGGAAAGAAGAGAGCUCGAGAAGGGAUCAGCCUCUCUGCUCUUGCCCGCAGAGAAGUACUUGGGCAAGCCCCUGGACAAAGCCUUCCAGGUGGGAGACUGGAGCCACCGUCCCCUCUCCCAGGCGCGGAUGCACUAUGCGGCGCUGGAUGCCUGGGUCCCCGUGAAAGUUUACGAAGCCGUGCAGACCUCGACAAGAUUCUGAAGGAAAGCGAUGAGUUUGUGUCGACGAUGGCAGCUUUGCUCCAGCCCUACUGUGAAGAUGCCUUGGGAAAGGUAGUGGAUGCGAGAACACCUGGCCUGGUGAGCCUUUCGUUCCCACCUUCAGAGGAUGUGGAGCCCCAGCCCACAGAGGACUACAUUCUGGCAAGCUUUUACUCCACAUGGAGGCGAAGUCAGCUGAAGAUGAUGCACUUCCUUGGGCCCGGAGCUGCUCAGGUGAGACUGAAACCGAAGGAGGAUCACACGGCUGGCGAAGAAGCUGGCCACCAGGACUUGAGAAUUCUGGUGAUUGGGGCCCCGUACGUGGAU